AUUUACGAGUUUUUAUCUACCUUAUCAGUCUGAUAUUAAUUACAAAAUGAAUACAUUAGAUUUUUCAUUGAGCUGGUCAUUCGAUUAUGGUGUCUGAAUGAUCAGAUUAACUUACAUGAUAUGCGAUGCCUUUUUGAGUUUCGCCUCACCUGCAAGGGCAGGAGGCCGAUAGGUUUGACAGCCAGAUUCCGGCAUUUAAGAGAGUAAUUUGAUGGGUGAGUUCAUUCUUGGUAAAUCAUAUUUAGAAAAUUGAUGAUGAAAACGAGUUUGUAGCUAGAGUUCCGCCCCUACUUCCUCGAAAAUCUUGAAAGAGUAUCGGAAAUUUGUUUUUGGGUACUACUUUUCUCUCUUACGAGUUAUGUAUCGUGACUUACGUGCUAUUCUAUAUCCCUGUGAAUCUAGGAACUUUGAUCGCUUGAUUUUACCUCACGCUCAGGCAUGGUUUGUCCAAGUCGAUAACUGAACCCGCUUUUUGAAUCUCUUGUAUGAAUUUGUGUAUAGUUUUACUUUCGUGCUGUUUCAGUCUCGGGGGCACAUUACCAACUAGUUCUUACCGACUGAGAUGGAUAGAGAUUUGCAAUCCCUUCGGGAUACCUUUGCUACAUUGCAGAGUCUACUUGAAGCCCCUGCGGGAGCAGAACAAAUUGACCUCAAUGUACCUAGAGAAACAAACGGGCCAAUCUUCGAUACCCCCUUUUAUAUUGGAGAUUCUGGCUCCUCCUGCUUAUCAAGUAACUUCUCUUUGCACGACACUAUGGGUGAUUUGCUGUCUGCAGAAGGGAGGGAAGCACACAUGUGUGGCAGGAAAAGGCGUAAGAAUGUUGGAAACUUUAUGGACAAGCUGGUUUGAAUGGGAAUAUGGAGGAUAUGCUGGUUGGACAGAGAAGGGAAGUGGUUAGCAGGAGGAGAGCAAAUGCUGUAAAGAUUACAGGCUGGGAACCAGAUUUGAAUGUGAAUUCCUGCGACUUAGGGGAAAGACAAAUGCCUGUCCAACAUGACUCUCGCAGGGACUAUCAACAAUCUGGAAAGCGGUUACUUUACCGUGAAGGCGGCCAAAAUGACGGUGUUAUACCAAAUCCUCUGAGUUUGAAUAGCGCAUUAGGAAACGUGACUGGUGCUGCAACUGUUGCUGUUGAAUAUUCUGCAGAACGCAGCGUUCUAAACACAAACAGGCCUGCUUCCUCCGGGGCAAGGAUGUCUUACACUAUACAAACGAAGUGCCAGGAGGCACUUAACAUGAUCAAGAGACUGAUAGACGAAAAAGGCCACGAAAUCAUGCCUUUUUCGCUGAGCGCAUGGAGGCAGAUCGUGAGCUCCGCUCACAGGAUGAAUGUAUCCGGAACUGAUAUCCUGAAUUUUCAAAAAAUUUAUCAACGGCUGGAUCAAAGAGACUACUAUGGAGUUCUAGAUUUUGCGGCGGAUGUCCAGUUAACGUUUAAAUGCUUAGCAGAUCAGUAUCCGCUCUAUUCCCCGAUACGGGAUGAAGUGCAGAAAGUCGAAGUGUUGUUUUUCGACAUCAUGAAGAGAAUGUUCCCGGAUACAGAUUUCCAGCAGCUGCAAAACCAAGUUCAAAAUCUUGCCUAGCUAGGAUCCUUGUCAACUCUGUGCGGAGAGAGCCGGGCCGGGUGAAAGGGCAAUCAACUGACAGAAACAAGGACAAAGCAAACAAUGACAAAACGAGAGUGUGAAAAUCGCUAACCCUUUCUUGUAUUCAUGUGCGAGAUCUCCUACGCAGCUGUUGUUCCGACCUAGGUUUCUUGCACUGUACGGCAUCAAGGAGGCCUGUGGGGUGGGGACUGGGGGGUGUUUACUUAGAAUGUUAGCUGGGUCAACACUGUGAUUGUUAGUUGAGUCAAAACAGACUGAUUGAUAAUUGCUAGGAGAAAGACAAAUCAGUUGUCAAACAUUUCAAGCUUGUUCGAUACAGAAAUCAACGUACUUUUCACUCAGAAACUACAAAGAUUUGCAGUCUUAAAUCGAUUGUUCGUUACGUAAAACCAAUCAAAGCCGACGUGUUCUUAACGUCGACUACUAAUUGAUUGGGUUUGAAGGGUUCGAAUUUUGCACCAAGGAACUUGCAUAGACCAUGUCAGAUGCCUCCAUGUUCUAGAAGACAACGUGCUACUGCAUGUACUUUGGCGCCAUGAAUGCAAGAACAAGACAGGGUGGUCCACAGUUAUCUUAUGAAUUCGUUCACUUUGACUUGUUCCUACUGCCGUUCUAUUUUUAGUAAAUUGAAACUAAACUUAUCUUAAUCCUAACUCAUUAUUGUACUCUCGUUCACAUGCUUAAAACAACUACAUUUUGAUAU